AUGACAACGUGGUUUCAAAAGGAGAUCGUCCUAACGGCACCCAGUCGUGGCUUUCACUUGGUGACACAGGAAGUUCGAAAGCAGUUACCAGAAAUGGCUCGAGUAAAAAUUGGCAUGGCCAAUUUAUUUAUCAAACAUACGUCUGCUUCGCUCAGUAUUAAUGAGAAUUGUGACCCGGACGUUCGGACCGACAUGGAGGGGGCAUUUAAUCGCAUUGUACCGGAAUCGUGGAAUAAAGAAUUUUUCCGUCAUACGGAUGAAGGCAAUGACGACAUGCCAGGACACAUCAAGUCGACGUUGAUCGGUGCGUCGGUGAAUAUCCCGAUUACUGAUGGUAAAUUCAACCUCGGGACGUGGCAAGGCAUUUAUUUGUGCGAACACCGCGACGUCGGCGGCUGGGGCACUGGCCACCGUCGCAAAGUUGUCGUCACGAUUCAAGGGUCUACGUAG